UCUCUGUUCAAAGCUUUUGUUUCCUUUUGAUUUCGCUUUAAAAUUGGAACUCAAAUCAAGUUUUUUUUUUUUUCAACAAAGUGUUGCCUUUUUGAAAAUUUCUGCAACGUUUUAAUUCUUCUUAGUAUAAAAAUGGAAUUUAUUGCAUUUAUGGCUUAACCAAAUUUGUGAGCUCUUUACUAGGCCAUUUUGUUCCUCCCUUUCUUCUCCUUCUUCAUUCUUCAAAAUCCAAACUUGUUUCUAGGGUUUUGAUUAAGCAAUGAAGAAGUCUAAACUCGAUUACUCCGCUUCACAGAGUCGAUUCGGGCUGGUUCAGUUCCUAAUGGCUGUUCUCCUCUUUUACUUUCUCUGCAUGAGCUUCGAGAUCCCUUUCAUCUUCAGAAGCGGGUCCGGGUCCGGGUCCGGCUCUGAGGACGGCUCUUCUUCGUCUUUCGCUGAUGCAUUGCCGAGACAGAUGGUUGUUGGUAGGGAAGCAAACCGGGCUAUCGGAGAAGAAGACCCACAUCGACCUUUCAAGGAUCCGGGUCGGGUGAAUCGGGUGGGUCAUGUCCAGCUUCGCUCACCGGAGCGGAAAAUGCGAGAGUUUAAAACCGUCUCUGAAAUCUUCGCCAACGAGAGCUUUUUCGACGGCGGCGGAUUCAGCGAUGAGUUCUCCAUCUUCCACAAAACCGUGAAGCAUGCGAUUUCCAUGGGAAAGAAAAUGUGGGACGGGCUCGAUUCGGGUUUAAUCAAAUCCGAUGUAACGCCGAUUAAAAACCGGACGGAGAAAUGUCCCGAUAUGGUUUCGGUUACCGGGUCGGAGUUCGUGAACCGGAGCCGGAUCUUGGUUCUUCCUUGUGGAUUAACACUUGGAUCUCACAUCACCGUCGUGGCGACGCCGCAUUGGGCACACGCCGAGAAAUACGGAAGGAUAACGGAUUCCAAGGAAGGAGACGAUAAAACGGAGAUGGUGACGCAAUUCAUGAUGGAAUUGCAGGGAUUGAAGGCGGCGGACGGCGAAGAUCCGCCUCGGAUCCUCCAUUUCAACCCGAGAAUCAAAGGUGACUGGAGUGGGAGACCAGUGAUUGAGCAGAACACUUGUUAUCGGAUGCAAUGGGGCUCUGCUUUACGCUGCGAUGGUCGCGAAUCUAGUGAUGACGAAGAAUCCGUUGAUGGAGAGGUGAAAUGUGAGAGGUGGAAGAGGGAUGAUGGUGGUGAUGAUUCUGAUGAAGCAAAGAGGACAUGGUGGUUGAACAGGCUGAUGGGUCGGAGGAAGAAGAUGAUGACACAUGAUUGGCCAUACCCUUUUGCAGAAGGGAAGCUCUUUGUGCUUACCCUUCGAGCUGGAAUGGAAGGUUACCAUAUCAGCGUUAAUGGAAGACACAUCACAUCUUUCCCUUAUAGAACCGGGUUUGUUCUAGAGGAUGCCACUGGAUUAGCAGUCAAAGGAAACAUUGAUGUGCAUUCGGUAUAUGCUUCCUCGUUACCUUCUACAAAUCCAAGUUUUGCACCACAAAAGCAUCUCGAGAUGCAAAGCAUAUGGAAAGCUCCUGCAUUACCUCAAAAGCCUGUAGAGCUGUUCAUCGGAAUUCUCUCUGCCGGGAACCAUUUCGCGGAGAGAAUGGCCGUGAGGAAGUCAUGGAUGCAGCAUAAGCUAGUCAGAUCAUCGAAAGUUGUUGCCCGGUUCUUUGUGGCAUUGCACGCAAGAAAAGAAGUCAAUGUGGACCUGAAGAAAGAAGCCGAGUACUUUAGUGAUAUUGUCAUAGUACCGUACAUGGAUCAUUAUGACCUUGUUGUGCUCAAGACGGUUGCUAUCUGCGAAUAUGGGGUUAGCACAGUGGCGGCAAAGUAUAUAAUGAAAUGUGACGAUGAUACAUUUGUGCGAGUGGAUGCUGUGAUCCAGGAAGCAGAGAAGGUUAAGGGAAGAGAGAGCCUUUAUAUCGGAAACAUUAACUUCUACCAUAAGCCUCUGCGCACCGGGAAAUGGGCUGUGACCUACGAGGAAUGGCCAGAAGAGUAUUAUCCUCCAUACGCAAAUGGUCCGGGUUACAUCUUGUCAUAUGAUAUAGCUAAGUUCAUCGUCGAUGAUUACGAACAGCAGAGACUAAGAUUAUUCAAGAUGGAAGAUGUGAGCAUGGGAAUGUGGGUGGAGAAGUUCAAUGAGACUAGACCUGUGGCGGUGGUUCACAGCCUCAGAUUCUGCCAGUUCGGAUGCAUAGAAGACUACUUCACCGCUCAUUAUCAGUCGCCACGGCAGAUGAUUUGCAUGUGGGAUAAACUGCAGAGACUCGGGAAGCCCCGAUGCUGCAACAUGAGAUGACAUAACAUUGUUUUUGGCCGGAUUCAGGAUUUUUUCGUUAGAAAAGGAAAAUGGAAGAAGCAGAUGGGAGUUUAUGGAGCUAAUUGUUUUAGAUCUCUGUAUAUAUAGAACAAUCUAUAAUGUAUCUAUAUAUAUAAUAUAAUGAAGGGCUCUUGAAAAGUUGACAC